CGCCUGGUUCUCUCCACCUCAACUCGGUCAAUCAGCAGCAACAACGACAGAAUACAUUUACAAACUACUAAAACGCAAUGGUGGUUGAUUACUCAAAAUGGGACAAGCUUGAGCUUUCCGACGACUCCGAUAUCGAAGUGCACCCCAACGUCGACAAGAAGUCGUUCAUCCGCUGGAAGCAGCAGGAUAUCCACGAGAAGCGCACGCAGCGCCGGCACGAGAUCGAGUCGCUGAAAGCCGAGAACGCGAUGAACAGCAGCCUGCUCGACCGUCUCAACAGGCUGAUUGCCUCGCUCAAGAGUGUUGCGGACAGUGAUCGCGCGGCGGUGGACGCGAGUCUGAAAGAGGCGGUUAAGGAGACGGGUGGUGCGGAGAAAGCGCCUGAAUCUGGGCCGUCGUAUGGCGCGAUGAUGGAGUCGUUGGUUGGGCAGGUGUUGCAGGAGGUCAAGACUGCGGUGGAGAAGGAGGGAAAGCCGUUUGUCGAGACGCUGCGGACGACGUUUGAGAAGCAUCAGAAGAAGUUGAGCGAGCUGCAGGAUGCGUGCGUGAAGAAGUUGACGAGUCUGCAGAACGAAGAGGCGAAGCAUAUCACAUCUGAGGAUCUCAAGAUCGGCUUCGACAGCACAAAAGUGUCAAAGAAGAAAGAGUCUAUACCAGCGACGACGACGAAGACGACCGAGAAGAAGAUCGAGGUACUAAAUCCCACGUCGUCCUCGGCAAAGGGAAAGGAGAAACUGGUGGCACCGGAUCCGGGCGACGAAGCGGACGACGAAAGCGAGCCUGUGAGCAAAUCCUCAAAGAACGACGCGGACGACGAGGACGAAGAUUACAAAAUCUCGCCGCUGGCAGAGAAAUUUGCCGCAAUCAAACUGGGCGACUACCAGAAAUGCCUAUCUUUUAUCGGCGAGCACCCGAGCAUCGUGUCUGAGGACGAGGCCGACGGGAUCCUGUACGAGGCGUUUGGGAAGGAGAUGAAGAACGAGCACGCGGCCGCGAAGCGGUACGUGCAUAACGCGCUGCUGCUACAGUACUGUGCUCGGCUGGGACGGGACGGAGUUACGGUGUUUUUCCGGAAGAUUAUGACGCCGAACCAUCCAUCUCUAGGCGCGUUUCUGCAGGAUGUGGAGCAGACGUACAGUCAUAUCAAGCAGCGGUCGGUGUACCUGCUCGAGGAGCAGAAGCUGCAGGCUGCGAAUGAGGAUAUGGUAGAGGAGGAGGAGAUCAUCGAUCUCGAGACAGUCACGGACGAGAAGUUGGCCGAGUUGGGGCUUACGAGAGAGGACAUUGAGCGAUUUAAGAAGGAACAGGAAGAGAAAGACGCGGCGGAGGAUGCAGCGCAGAUAUCAGGCUGAACGACGCGUAUUCCAAAGAUCAAGCU